AUGAUACCUAAGAUUUCUGCACUUUUCACCUCUUCUACUCCUGAAGCCGCCAUAUCCGAGUGUUGUAAAAGUAGAGUUUUCAGAUCAGUGGACAAGCGCCAAUCGCAGUCUUCUUCCGACACGACGGCUCCACUGCAUUCCUACUAUGACUCUGAGUCUCCAGAUGAGCUUGCACUCGUUGAAGCUGCCAGGGAAUACGGUCUGCUCCAUACGUUGCCGUUCGAUUCUGAUCGCAAGCGAAUGUCCGUGAUUGUGCAAGAGUGCACCGGAAAAAAGAGGGUCAUUCUUCUCACUAAAGGUGCCGACGCUAGUGUUCUUCCGAUUCUGGCUAACGAAUACCUCACAUCUGAGAUAGGGGAGGAGGAAGUGUUCAAGGCACAAGAGCAUCUGUCUGACUACGCGAGGGAAGGGCUGCGAACCCUAUGCUUAGCUAGGAAGUACUGGAGCGAAGAAGAUUACCAGAUGCUUAGACGUGGCGCGCACUACAUGAGGAAGCCGAGCUUGAUCCCCCACCAUCGUGAGAACCUUGUCCGAGACAGCAUACUGAAAGCGGAAAAGGAUGUCGAAUUACUAGGUGUGACUGCAAUUGAAGAUCGUCUCCAAGAAGGGGUACCAGAAUGCAUUCAUCUUCUGCGUGAGGCUGGUAUUUGCGUAUGGCUUUUGACGGGUGAUAAAGUGGAAACUGCUGUCAACAUUGCGUUUUCGUCACGACUAUUCUCGAGCGCAAUGGACAUUCUCAAUGUUGGUGCCAAUGGUGUUCGAUCCGUAUCCGAUCUACUGGAUGAGCACCUUGCACGGUGA